GAGAAGGUGAGGACCAACCAGCCACUCUCACAUCUCCAUGUCCGCCUACGUUGCGUGAUGCGACGCAGGCAGGCGUCAAUCGGUCACCCGGUGAUCCGCCACCGCGGCAGAAUGGUCGUUUCUAUGCGGCCCCUGUCCCUCUCCCGUAUCGUCUGUGCUUUGCUCUCAAUCGCGAUGAUGGGCCCUGCUGCUUCCCUGCCAAGCGGAAACAAGAUGCGCAUGAGUGCACACCAUGGGAGGAGAUCUAGGGGGACCACCUUCGUGAGAAUCGUGACAGGGCGUCGAAAGCAUCCUGUGAAUGCCCACCACACUCAGGUAGACUGACGGUGCGGGUGCCCUUGACACACUUCCGUGUGUUUGUGUGUCUGUGUGUGCGUGUGCGGCUGACUCAGGUUGCCUUUCUGUCCGCAUCUUCCCGCCUGUCACCGCACUCGCUCAUCACAAGGCACGAACAGAAAGCACACACGCACCCCCCACCCCCCACACUCACACACAGGUAGCUCGCUGCAUGUGUGUGCCCGUCAGAUGGCCGUCUAUACAGAAUCACACGGCCCUACUCUCCAGCGCCACGCAGUCUGAGAUAGAUGACGACCCAGACCGACAAGCGUACGAUCGAAUCGUGACGCGGCUGAGAGAGCAGGUCGGUUGGACAGACCCAGCCAUGAAACGGCGCAUUUUGUGCAUUCCUUCCUCUAUGUAGGGCGAGGAGGAGUUACUUGCGUCAUUAACCUUCGAACUUUGGAAAACAUUCAAGGGCGCAGGUACACACACACACACACACACACACACACGAGCAGCAAAGGUGUGUAGGCUGUUUGUCUGUCUGUUGUAUGUCGGUGUCGAUUUGGUUCAACGUGUGCCAACAGAGCGCGGCGAGCAACCUGUGCCAACAGAGCGUGUCGAGUUGACCAAGAAUGACCUCAUGGACCUGGCUGACGUGCCCUUGCCUGAAGAGAUUAUCGACCAAACCAAGGAGCCCCCAAAAUUCAUCGGCGAUACCUAUCUCAACAACGCCCUUAUGUUGCUGGAGGCUGAGUAUCAGCAAGAAACUGACUAUGCUGCGUAUCGUGUGGCGCCGAUGACAUUCACUCGCUUCUCGCGCGGUGGCAAAACGACAAUGUUGUACGAGAUGGGCAACAGACUAAAAGCGAAGCGCAUGAAUCCGCUCUUUGUUUCCUUCAACGAGGGCUCAUUGUACUCGACUGGCGCGAAAGGCGAGCAGGCCUUCGCCCCGACACUGCUCGACUCAGUCUACCUCCGGGCGGCGUGGGCGGCGGCCAAGACGGAGACGCGUGAGGCGGUUGCAGAGAGGGCAGGCGUCGCUGUGGACAGGCUGCGUUUCUCGGAUUGGCUCAAGCACGUGUCUGUCACAAGGGAGACGAUUGACAACUGGCUUGGGGAUCAACCAUGUGUCAUGCUUAUCGACGAGUUAAACAAGGUGGUCAAGCGUGAGCGCUAUCUUCAUAUGGAGAACGACCUAGGCGAGUACCUGAAGACCGACUUCCUCUUGAAGGGGCAGCGCUACUUCGUCUUCUCCAGCCACGUCACCACAAUCAAGAACGACCUCAGGAAGUUUCUGAACUGUGACAGCAACCGACCGGUCCUUCAGCCACGGCUGCCCGUUAUCGGUGUGGAGGAUCUGAAGCACGUGCGAGACUUCUAUGGAGCAAGCCCAGCUGUUACUUGCUGGGCUGGAAGGUCGCCCGCACUCCUGUGGGUCAGCCGCAACUACAAAAUCGCGAAUGGCUGACGGACGACGUGGAAGAACCCUUCUAUCGUGGUGAGCUGACGCGAGAGAAAGUAUUGCUUUUGUUGGUCUGCGUACUGAAGAC